AUGGCUCCACAUACGGGUUCGGCUACUCCUGAACAAAUUGAUGCACUCCUCAAUUUCCUUGACGAGCAUAGGGAUCUUGCUCGCGGGAGAUUGAGGAGUCUAGAAGGAAAAGUCCAGGCGAAGAGGCUGUGGGAUGAAUUGUGCAAUACGCUCAAUUCCAUGGGCGGUUGCAUAAAGACAGUUCAGCAGUGGCAAAAGGUAUGGUUUGAUAGAAAACAUCUGGCCAAAAAAGCCGCUGCUGAUUCCCGGAGGUCGGCUUCAAUGACUGGAGGUGGUCCAUCAGUGGCACCCCAACUCUCCCAUUCGGAAUUAAAAGUAUUAUCCAUAAUUGGAGAUGGGUUCGGUGACCGCCAAAUUGGAGCCAGAGUGCCAGCUUUCACUGAAACGAAUGAAUCCAGACCAUCAACCUACAGUCAAGGAAGCCAACUGCAGCAGCAGAGCCUGGACUUGAUUAUUUAG